UUUUCUUGCAGUCCCGCACAUUCAGUGUUUAUUUUCAGGACAGUAAAGUCCACAACGUGGUUUGAUGAACACCUCACAGAGGACAACCAGGAGUUCAUGAGGAAGACCAUAGCGGAGGAAUACAGGAGUCAAACGGCUGAGAAGCUCAACCCGCUCAAAGAUGAGCCCUGGCAGCGCCAUGACUGGGCAGAGGGCAGUCGAAGAGUUGGAUUAGUAGCUGUGAAGUUGGGGAUGGCUCCUAUCUGGACGAAAGCGGGAGAAAAACACGUUGUCACCUUGUUACAGGUGCAGGACUGCCAUGUAAUUAAGCAUCUGUCCAAGGAAGAAUUUAAUGGACACACCGCUGCCCUCUUGGUAGGAGGGAAGAACGUAUCACCAUUCUUUAGGUCUGAAGAGCACAUGGAGAUGUUCAGGAAUGCGGGGGUGCCUCCGAAACAGAAAGUCACCACCUUUAAAGUCUCAGACAAUGCCAUCAUCAAGCCAGGCACUCCUCUGUUUGCGGCACAUUUCCGUCCAGGCCAAUAUGUGGACAUCACCGCCAAAUCCAUCGGUAAGGGUUUUCAAGGUGUAAUGAAGCGGUACGGGUUCAAAGGUCAGCCAGCCACCCACGGCUCAACCAAAACUCACCGCAGACCGGGAGCUUCUGGGCCUGGAGUAAGACACACACACACACACAAUAUCCGGAGGCUCGUGUGGUGA